AAACUUAAAAUAUAAAAGGCUCAACAAGGGCGACUAUGCAUAAUCAAAAAUUACGUGGAUUUUCAAUGAUUGAUUGAAUGUAUGCAAUAUUAUACUUUUAUUUUGUUAGAUAUGUCUCAAAUGAGAAAUACCAAAGUUUCAAUUAAUUUAAUUAAAUAUUAGACUAGUCAUCAAUACUAUAUUAUUUUAUACUUGAUGCCGAUAAUAAUCAUUAAAUUAAAAUAUGAAUAUUUUUUUUCAGAAUAAACUAUCCACUGGAUAAUCCAGGAUCCAAAAUUUUCUCAAAAUUAUGGCUUAUUAUGAGUAUAAAAGGUUAAAGUAAACUUGAAAAUAUGUUUGUUCAGCUCUCAUUGUUUUAUGGAAAACUAAAGAUCCCACAGAUAUUUAUGGAAAAGUCAUUUUAGUUGAAUUUUUUAGGUCUAAUUUGUAUGAGUAUGGAAUUUUUUUUUUCAUUUGUAAAUUUGCUGACAGUUGGAAACCCUGGACAACUUUCAAAAUUUGACAGAGCUCGCUGGAGUUGGUUUCAUAACAUGUCUAAGUUUAAUACAAGAGCAGAUGCCACCAGAACAGAGUUUCCAAAAAAUGUUGCCACAAGAGCAGGGUGUCUAGUGCGUUUUUCUAUAAGAUCAGUGGUGAAACUUCAAUUUGGGACGCUCAUGGCGGGUCGUGAUUUAGCUGCUUUCACUUCAGAAAAAAAAAAGCACAAGCAUUAAUCUUCUUUGUAAAUUACAUUCAUAUAUUGCUCUUUUAACGCUUUUGCUGUUGAAUCACGGACCAACGCGCUGUGCAUUGUUUCAAUAUCAUGGUUAUUUCUUUUCUAUUUCUUGGUUUUACUUUUUAGGAGCUAAUUUUUUAAUAAGAAUUUUACAUAGGAGAGUGGUACUUCAUUGUUCAUGUGCGAAAACAGGGUUCAUUUGUUGUCAUUUGAAUCAUUAUUUUAUUUUUUUUCGCUGUUUUUCUUCUUUAUCGAUACUGUGCUAUGGCUACCCUAGACCCUAGUCGUGUGAGUAAUUUCCUAAACGAUUAACAGCUCAAAAAGCUUUGGAAAUGUUUCAUACUAUUUCUUUCCAUUAUCUCUCUCAACCCUUUCAUUAAGCCUACAAUUAUCUCUCAUGAUCUGUGUAUCUGUCGCUUCAUGUAAGAAGGAGCUUUUCAAAAAUGAAACUCAUAUUGAGAGCUAUUUGCGAUCAAAUAUGAAACAACCACCCCCCCCCUCCACCCCCUGGAAAAUGUAUUACCAUAUCCAUCAAUUUGAGUUACAGCUCAAGUCAAACUUUUGUUAAAUGUCAUGACUGAAAUAUGAGACAUUCUUCUCUUUUAAAUUUCUGGUGGCUUAUUCACUGAACCAAAUAGCCAAAAUUGUCUGCUUAUUUCUUUUAAUCCUUACUCAACUCUCAUAAAAAAAAAGUAUCAGUGCCUGGUAAAUAGCUUAGGAAAAGUUUACAAAUUGUUGUUUCCCUAACAUUUUCUUUUCUUGCCAUAUGUUUUAAACUUGUUAUGUGGGUAGAUAUCAAAGAUAGUGUUGGUCCCCAGGGCACAUGUCUACAUUGCCUUUAAGCCAAACAGGCACUGAUUACUAUCUGAAGCUCACCUUCCAUAUCCUAGCUAUAAGUAAUUCCUACUUAAGAAGUAAGUAGGUACCCGGUACUAUACUUAAGGUUUAGGCCUAUGAAGGUCAAAGUGAAAAGUGUAUUUUAUCUUCAAUUAGUAAAUUUCGAAAUCAACAGGCCUAACCACUUUGAUCAUGUCUUGAAUUCAGCCUGCUGUGCUAAACCAUAAGAUUAGUUAAGUUUUGUUAUUAUUUGUUUGUGUAGCAGUGAGUUAUAGGCCCAACUAAAUAAUAUUUAAGACAUGCAGGAUUUGGAUAGUUUCAAAGAAAAUAUAAUUCAAUAGAUAAUGUGAUUGGGUUGUUGGAAUCUUUUGAAACUUGAAGAACUAUUUAUAUCCAAAGUCAAAAGUUUUUUUUCCCCAUAUGUUCCAUGUAGACAAAAAUAAAACAAGAUGGGUGCUACAAGCAGCAGUCUCAGUGAGCUGCCGAGCAAUGAGUACUUGAAACGUCUUUCAAGUCAAGAAGCCAUAGAUCCUAUGGAUCCAUUUUGGAAUCAACUAUUAUCAUUCUCCUUUCAGAUACCUGUGAACAGGUGAGACGGUCUUGCUGGGCACAGUUUAAUUUAUGUCACUUAGCUUGAGUAGUUUCAAUAAAAUUUACUAUUUAAAAAUUAAAGUACAUCAAAGGGCUAUCCAUGCAAUACUAAACAUAUAAUUCGAUGUUGUGGGGGGGAGGGGGGGGGGUGAAGAGUUUAACAGAUUUGGAGACUUUUCAUAUAGGUCUUAGCAAAUGCUUUUUAUUAUAAAAUCUAUGAAAGAAAAAAUUGCACAUAUUUUAACAUUGAUGUCAUUAUUGAAACCCAAAAACCAUGUAAAUAUUAUUCUGAGGCUAGAAAUUAACCCAAUAUUGGUUAUUUACACUUCUAUAAAUUAAUAAUUGGAAGUCUAGCUCUAAUUUAACAUUUUGCUAUUUUAGUUCAGACCAAAAAAUAAUUUAUGAUUUCACUUAGUCAUCAGUUAUUGUUUUAAAAUUGAAAUAAAAGUUAUAGACAACGUAAACAUAUUCCAAACUGUUUUUUUUCUUGGUUAAUGAUCAGGAAAAAAAGAUACAUAUGUUUCUGUUGUUAUAUUUUAAAACAAAGAAUUGGAUUAAUUUAUUGUCAUUGAUUUCAUAAGAAUGCCAUGAAAAUAUAAGUUGGUUUUCAGAUAAACAAGAUUUUAAACAAAAUAUAAUCAUUUGUAACAAAAUAUUACAAUUAUCUGAUUCUCUUGUCAAUAUUUAUAUUAUAAUUUAAAAUAUAUUUUAAUGCUUUAAAAAUGCACUAAAAACCUUACAUAUACUCAUCCCCAAUUCACUUUGGUGAGUAGAGGUAGCGUAUUUGUAUGUACAGGUAGCUAUAUGUACAGGAGCUCUUUUAUGUACAUGUAGCUUAUUUUGACAUAUGCAGAUCACAUAAUUUAUGUAAUAAUCACUAUAUUUUGUCACGUCUACCUUGUUUAGCUCAGAUGCAAGAUUGCUUGAAGAGUCCACAGCUGUUGUCGCCAGAAACUUUGCUCUGAACAAUUGCCACACGGGCAAUUUAAGAUCUCUCAUAUACAAUUUCCUCAUUAGAGCGUCAGAGCUCAAGGCUUCAGCACAAUGUGAAGAGUGAGUAAUCAUACUAAUAGAGACGUUAGUGAAUUCUGUUGUGACACUGACUGAUUGGUUGAAGGGCUAAUUUAUUUGCAGUUCAUUUAGAUGCAUCCACCUCUGGGGUAGAAGUGGAUGGAGGAAGAACGCAUCAAUCUCAUUAACGCCAGACUUAUAAGUGAUAUCAACUUAUUCUAAGUAUUGCAUUUGUUUUAAACAAUAAGAUUUAACAUAUGGCCUGUACUCAAUAAGGCAAUAAAGUGUAGGUAUAAAAAAAUAGAUAACAAUUGAAGGACUGCAUGCAAGCUAUGUGAAUGAAAUAGUAAAACAAGAUGUGUUGAAGCUUUAUUCAAAAUACAGGACAAUAAUUUUGCAUUCAAAUUAAUGAAAUUGUAUUUUCACCAGAAAUUUAAAUAAUUGGUUAUUGUGUGAUGCUAAGUAACAUACAUUAUUUCUUGCUAUUUUUUUUUUUCAGUAAUAUUUUCAUCUGGCAGACGUAUAAUGCACUAUUUAUUAUAAGAAGUUUAUGUAAAUACUUUGUGGAACAUCUCAGUGAGGAGUUGCUGUUGCACCAGUUUGAUUGCCUCCCUCCUGAAUCAGACGGUAUUUGCAAAGACUUAACUCUUCUCGUAAUAAAACAAAAGUCAUAACUAAGCUAGCUCUUUAAAAUAUAUUACAAUUUGAAGUGUUUCAUUUGAGUUUUACCCUACCAUUUUCAAAUAUUUCAAGCCUCUAUGCUAAUAAUUUUCAAAUUACUUUUCAUGAAAUUAAAAAAAAAAAAAAUUAGCCUAAGAUGUCAUUGAUAAGGCCAGGCCCAUGACUACAGCUUUACUAAUUCUUGUCUGCAGGGAGCAUUGCUCAGGACACGGCUGAAAUCGGCUCGCAAGUGGAAGAGUUUAUUAAUGCCCUGGUUGAACUCAUUGUUGAUGUCCCUGUUCUGUACGUCUUACAAACUCCACAAUCGCUUUUAAACAAUUCUAACAUCAGAUCUGUUGGGCUCAGCCUUAACCUUAUUUCAGGGUCUUCUAGAAAAAUUUGUUAAUAUGAAUUCAAGUAUCUAAACUUUUGUAUUGCACCAAGUGGUGGCAUUGGGAUCCUGGUGUGAAUUAAAAUACCUAACUUUAAUGUUACUCGAAUGGGUGGAAAUGGGGUCCUCCAAAAAAUUGAGUGGAAAAGAAAGAGAGAGAGAUCUCCUAAACAUUAAAGUUUAGGAACCAUUGGUCUAGCUCAGAAUUGUCCAUCAAUCCAUCCACUUUAUCUGUCUUUAAAAUUAAAAAAAACUAUCUCCAGCCCAAUAUUAUUAAAUGCAUAUUCUCUUUUGACAAUUUCUUUAAACAUAAUCAAUAAACGUACUGUAUUUCAAAUGAUGAAGAUGAAAUGUUUUACCCCCAGGAAUUUCACCUAUGCCCUCCACCUUGAAACGUUGAACACCCUCCUGGUUCUGUUGUCCAUCCAAAUGUUUCACACGCAGCCUGCCAGCCAGUUUGCUGUCUACAGGAUCCUUAUGCAGGGAAAGUGGUAACAGGCAGUUUAGUGGUUUGGUUUUAGUUGUCUUAACAAGUUUUAUUAGAGAGUUUAUUUUUUUUUUACCCGUGAAAAAUGAUGGCAAGGUGUAAAUGAUGUGGAUCUUAUUACUGUGGACUGUUUAUGUUUUAACUGGAUCGUCUAUGCUUUUACUGUGGACUGUGUAUGUUUUAACAGGAUUGUGUAUGCUUUUACUGUGGAUUGUGUAUGUUUUUAUUGUGGAUGUUGGCUAAGGUGUUCAUUCACAAUUUCUUUAUUGUUCCAUCCCCCCCCCCCAAUUGACUGUCUUUUAUAAAGGCACACAGCGAAACCACUUAAUGAAAUGUUACCACACAUUACUGUUAGCUGUUAUCACUCAAUGAAAUAUCCUUAUUUUAAAAUAACUUUCUUCUUUUUAUUACAUUACAUGUCUGAUGCACUUGUCCAUUUCAGUGCAAUCCAUGCACCAUUCCUGAUCAAAGCUCUGAUGUGGAACUACCUGAACCAAGAGAAAUGCCCACCAGAGCUGUACAAGGGACACUCGGAGGAUGGAAGCUUCAUAUACAACGCCACUGCUGCCCUGGCUUGUAAGAAGCUGGGUUAUUAGGCAAUUAAUAACCAGUUAUUUGAAUUGAUAUUAGCUUUUUUUUAUUUAAAAAAACAAAACAACUCAAAUUAAAUUGCUGGCAAAUUAUUAUUUUGUCUUAUUCAAGAUGUUAAUUUUCAAAUUUGUUUUUUUUGUCCCAUGUCCUUCACUGUAUUUGAUUUUAAGGUACAAAGGGAGCUCACUCAACACAGCUAAUUUUACUUAUGCUAUAAACCAACCAUCACUGCUCCAAAACUAAAUAACAUAUUAGAAUGAUAUUUUAGAAUUUUAUUUCACUUUUAUUUUCUUAAAAUAUUAUCAUAAAAUGUUUAUGUUUUUCCCAGUUACAUUCUCUUGAUUAAUCUCCAAUAAAUAUUAACCACGUAAAAAUUAACCUAUGUUGUUAAAACUAUUGAAUGAAAUAAGUUCUUUACAGAGCAUCAGAGUAAAGAAUGAUGUCAUAAUUUGUGUGUGUAUGUGUGUGUGAAUUAAGUUAAAUGAGUAAAACUGACUUUCAGUGUAUCAGAUGGUUAGUUCAUCAUAUCAAUUUUUCUUAUGACAGCAAGUUUAUGGUCGGUUGUCACACUUGGAAUGGCAAGCAAGGGUAAGAAGCCAGAAGAUGAACAAUCAGAAACUCUCUUGGCCAAUCAGAGCCUGCUGUUCAUCCUGGUGCUGGCCAAUCAUUGCACCUGUGACAAGAGUGUCCCGAACCCUUACAGACAGGCCUUAUUUUCAUUCACAGAUUCACAGGGUUAGUUGAUGGUGUUAUGCCUUUUUGAUAAUGUAAUAAAUUUGUUUCAAUGUUGUUGCAUCGCCAUAUAUCACUAUGAACUUUUGCUGUGUGGCUAUAUAUCAUUAUGACGUACAGUGGAACCUCUCAUAACGAGCACCUCUCAUAAUGAGUAAUUCGCAUAACGAGCAAAAAAAAAAUAUGAAGAAGUUGCUCCCUUAACGAGCGAUAUGUCGCAUAACGAGUUACGCAGAAAGGGCAAGUCUCUUUUUCCUGACAUUCAUUUGUGAGCUGGGGCUUCCGCGCCGAUACAUUAGUCCAGCGGUUCUCAAUCUGUGGGUCGUGACCCCUUUGGGGGUAGCGUGGCCCUUUCCCAGGGGUCGCCUUAGACUAUCUGAAAACACAUAUUCUUACAGCUAUGAAGUAGCAACGGAAAUAAUGAGGUUGCUAGAGGGUCGCCAAGACACGAAAUUUUUUUUAAAAAUUAGUAUUUUUUCAGCAUGGAACACAUCAGAUUUUACAUUGAUUUGUAUGGGAAAAAUUGUUACAUUUAACGAGUGUUUCGCUUAACGAGUAAGAAUGUUGAAUGAAUUAAACUCGUAAUGAGAGGUGCCGCUGUAUUGCUGUGUUAACAUACAUCACUAUAAACUGUUGUUAAGCCUUACGCCCGUCUAAACUAUUGCUGUUGGAGCCAAAUGUCCCCAUAAAAUGUUGUUGCUUUUUCACAGAGCCUGGUGCUCAUGCACCUACCCACAUUGCAUCAACCUUCAAACUUGACAUGAGCAAAGUCUACAACGUACUGUGCCAGACAUUACAUGACGAUCAGACGACCUUGUUACUCUACCUGCUUUUACACCAGAAUGCUAACAUGAAGGCGUUCAUCCUUUCCAGAACAAAUAUAGAUAUGCUGGUAUGAUACAUUGAUUUUUUCUAUAACAAAUAAUAUAGAUAUGCUGGUAUGAUACAUUUGAUUUUUCCAGAACAAAUAUAGAUAUACUAGUAUUAGUAUGUUACAUUUGACUUUUCCCAGAACAAAUACAGAUAUGCUGGUAUGAUUGCAUUAUAAUAAUUAAAGGACCGCAUUCAAGCCUAGUAAAUGAUUGCAUUAUGUGAAUUUUUUUUUUUUUUAAAUAUAUAAAUGUGCAGGUAUGAUACCUAAAGUGAGUUUUCUUGAAUAAAGUAUAAAUAUGCUGGUUUGAAAUGGGGACAUUUUUUUUAAGAACUAAUAUAAAUAUCCUGAUGUGUUACUUUUUUCAUACAUAUAUACUGUACAUAUGUUUUUUUUAGUUGUUUUUUUUGUUGGCAUCCGUCUGUCACAAGCCUAGUAAAUGAUUGCAUUAUGUGAAUUUUUUUUUUUUUUAAAUAUAUAAAUGUGCUGGUAUGAUACCUAAAGUGAGUUUUCUUGAAAAAAGUAUAAAUAUGCUGGUUUGAAAUGGGGACAUUUUUUUUAAGAACUAAUAUAAAUAUCCUGAUGUGUUACUUUUUUCAUACAUAUAUACUGUACAUAUGUUUUUUUUAGUUGUUUUUUUUUGUUUUUUUUGUUGGCAUCCGUCUGUCACAAUGUGACAAUGGAGUGGGCUUCGUAGGACGAAAUCCACAUAGCCUGGGAUUAUUAUACUUAAAGGAUUAUAAGCUGGUACAGCAAAUCGCCUCUCUCCACACCGCUGGGUAACCCAAGGGAACAUCAUUGGAUGAUACAGCUUGGCACCAGUGACUGCAGCUCCGGGUUUGAUUUCAGAGUUUCCUUCUCUUAGAUGAGUUGCCGUCCAAGGUUAACGAGUCCCAUCUACCCGGGGUGCUGGUGGUGUUUUUGCCCUGGCUGGAAUUGAACUCCAGACCACCAACUUGAGAUUUGCUCAGUUUAGACCACUCGGCCACCCAGCACCCAGUGUACAUAUAUAUGGUGCCUGUAAUUAUGCUGGUGGGAUGUAAUUUAUUCUGAUCUGCAACUUUCCUUCAUUUUGAAACACAGUGAGAGAUGACACAUCUUCAAAACAACAUGAAUUUUAACACAGUGAGAGAUGACACAUCUUCAAAACAACAUGAAUUUUAACACAGUGAGAGAUGACACAUCUUCGAAACAACAUGAAUUUUAAUUGCUCUGAACACUGAGCUUUUGAAGAAAAAUUUGAAUCUUUGCCAAACUGAACCGUGCAGUAAAAUACUGCUGUGAGAAACAUAAAAAGUUUAUUGUUUGACCCCCCUCAGGUGAUGCCACUCCUACAGAUUCUGUACCACACACAAGAGAAAAGCUCCCAUCACAUCUACAUGGGGCUCAUCAUCCUGCUGGUGCUCAGUGAGGAUGAAGUCUUCAACAAGGCAGUCCAUGAAAUAGUGAGUUGGUGACAGCGCACACAUCAAUGGGAUUGUUUCUGUUUUUUUUAAUCAUGGUCUCCUAGAGCAGGGAGUCUCAAACUCUUCAGUGUGACAUUUGGGCAGGAAUCUGUUUAUUCAUUUACAAGCUGGUUUGUCUUUAGCAUCUUUUGUGGACACAUGCCAGUCUGCAGACUACUAGUUCGAGAAGCACUUUUGUGGACCCUUAUUAGUCUGCAGACUACUAGUUUGAGAAGCACUUUUGUGGAUCCAUGCCAUGGUGCAGAACACCAGUUUGAGAAACACUUUUGUGGACCCAUAUCAGUCUGCCGACCACUAGUUUGAGAGGCCCUUAAAAAUAAUUUGUUUUGUUUUCAACUGAUUUUAUAAAAUGUAUUAUUUAAAAUAAGAUUUAUCUUCAGUCAAAUGAGUCAUCAAAUCUUUUUUUUUAAAAUCUGUUACAAGCAGACUGUGAAAAAUGUUCAGUGGUACAAAGAAAGACAACUCUCGGAGGUAACUCUCGGUGGCCUGCUGAUUUUGGUUGUGAUCAGAACCAUCCAGUACAACAUGACCAGGAUGAGGGUGAGCCGAUAUUUGGUUGAUUUUUUUUUUUUAUUUUUUUUUUUUUUUUUUUUUUAAAAUUUGUUAAAAUAUGUUUAAAAGAAUAAAUAAGAUCUGUUGUAAAUUCCUGCCUACUGUAUGUCUAUCAAGUCCCUGUGGCCCACCAUGCAUGGAGUUUAUUUGGUUGAUUUUUUUUUUUUUAUUUUUUUUUUUUAUUUUUUUUUAAAAUUUGUUAAAAUAUGUUCAAAAGAAUAAAUAAGAUCUGUUGUAAAUUCCUGCCUACUGUCUGUCUAUCAAGUCCCUGUGGCCCACCAUGCAUGGAGUUGUCAAUGAGCCCUUGGUUCUAUAUGUCUUGUCACAUACCUCCCUCUCUAAUGUUCUGUUAAAUACAUUUUCUUCUGAACUCUCUUUGCUCCCCUCUAGGACAAAUAUCUGCACACUAACUGCCUGGCCGCCCUGGCCAACAUGUCCUCCCAGUUCACAAACCUCAACUUGUUUGUGGCACAGAAGAUUAUCAAGUGAGUGCCGUAGUUAAUGUGCGCCCACCGUACUUUAAACAGAGACGAAAGGGCAGACCUAUAUUCUUAUGUAUAAAGAUUUAUUAUUAGCUCAUCCUUAAGAAAGUGUUAUUGAUCUCAAGAAGUAUUGUUUUUUUUUUGUUUUUUUUUUAAACUGGUGAAUGUUUGUCAAAUAGCAAAGAACCGCUCUGGUGACUUGAGGGUGGCUGGGACUGGUUCUGCUUAGUGUCAAAUGAAAUUAAUUCUUAUGAAAACAUUGUUGAUUAUUUAUAUUAACACCUGCUGUUUGUCUUUUUUCGCCCCUCUAUUAUUAAAUAUUAGAUAUUGACCAAUGUUAGAUUUUAUUUCUCAAAACAUUUAACAUUGUUCCUGGGUUUUAGCUUUUGAUAUUGAUUUUAGGAAAGGUGUGACUGUCUAUGUCAGUGGUUCUCAAUCUUCAUAAAGUCGUGACCCUUCAAUGCAGUUCCCAUCCAACCACAAAAUUAUUUUUGUUGCUACGUCAUAACUGUAGAGUAUUUGUGUUUUCUGAUGGUCUCAGGGGAUCCCUGGUAAAGGGUCGUGCGGACCCCCACCCAGGGGUCGCGCGGACCCCCACCCAGGGGUCGCGACCCACAUCCUGAGAACCGCUGGUCUAUGUAACAUGUGUGCGAGUGCUGCUAAAUAAACUGUAAACUGCCCAUACACACAGAUUAUUAAGUUUUUAAAACAUUUAAAAAAAAAACAAAAAAAGUUUACUGCCAAUUUACACACUAAUACUAAAAGUAUAAUAUUCAUACAUAAAUAGGCUAACUAAUGCUGAAGCAUUGAAUGAUGUAGUCGAUUUUUUUUUUAAAGAACGGCAUUGUAAUGUGGAUUUAAUGAAAAAUUUUUUAAUUAAAUUUCUAAAAAUAUGUAUCAACAUAUAAAUUGAAUUAACAAAGCAUGGUGGUUGAUAAGUUUGUACGUCACGAGUCCACAACAGCAUGUUCCACAUUUAAUGACAAAUCAAGGCUAUGCAUGGUGUAAUCUUGUAAAAUGUGAAUGUCGAAAACCAAGAAUAAACUCAAAAUUUUACCAUGACUCCCUACCUGCAUUGAAAAUUGUAACCAAAUGAUGAGAUUCAAACGGGCUCACACAUGUCCCCUCCUUCAUUCCUCAACAGCCUCUUUUCCCAGCUGUGCAAACGGCAUUUGAGGCUCGUAGAUCAGAUUCGUGAGUCGGCCAUGAACAGCCAGACCAGCGAACACACAGACGAGCAGAUUGACAAUGAACAACAGGAUUAUGUAAGGACAAUUCUAGCAUGAUCUAGUUGUGGUCCAUGCAUGUAGUGAGCUUUUGUACACAUUUUUAUGAGCUUUUGUACACAUUUUUUAAUGAGCUUUGUCCUGGUAAGUUAAGUGUGUACAUGAGGUGGACACUGGGGAGUUUAGUAGAAAUGUGGAUAUUGUGGAGUUUAGUGUAAAUCAGGUGGACACUGGGGGAGUUUAGUAGAAAUGUGGAUAUUGUGGAGUUCAGUGUAAAUCAGGUGGAUACUGGGGAGUUGAGUAGAAAUGUGGAUAUUGUGGAGUUUAGUGUAAAUGUGGUAGAUACUCAGGGAUUUUAGUGUACAUGUGGAUAUUGUGGAGUUUACUAUAAAUGUGGAUAUUGUGGAGUUUAGUAUUAACAUGGAUAUUGUGGAGUUUAGCUUAAAUGCGUAGUCAACAGAGAAUGGUAGAUGUAUGCAGCUGCAGAAGUGACCCAUGAUGUUUAUAUUAGUGUAAAUGAGAUGGAUACCAUAGAGUUAUAAAAUAGUUGUAGAGUUUAGUGUAAAAGAGAUGGAUACCUUUGAGUUAAGUGCAAAUGAGAUUGAUACCUUUGACUUAAGCAUAAAUGAGAUGGAUACCUUUGACUUAAGCAUAAAUGAGAUGGAUACCUUUGACUUAAGCAUAAAUGAGAUUGAUACCUUUGACUUAAGCAUAAAUGAGAUGGAUACCUUUGACUUAAGCAUAAAUGAGAUGGAUACCUUUGACUUACGCAUAAAUGAGAUGGAUACCUUUGACUUAAGCAUAAAUGAGAUGGAUACCUUUGACUAAAGCAUAAAUGAGAUGGAUACCUUUGACUAAAGCAUAAAUGAGAUGGAUACCUUUGACUUAAGCAUAAAUGAGAUGGAUACCUUUGACUUAAGCAUAAAUGAGAUGGAUACCUUUGACUUAAGCAUAAUUGAGAUGGAUACCUUUGACUUAAGCAUAAUUGAGAUUGAUACCUUUGACUUAAGCAUAAAUGAGAUGGAUACCUUUGACUUAAGCAUAAAUGAGAUGCAUACCUUUGACUUAAGCAUAAAUGAGAUGGAUACCUUUGACUUAAGCAUAAAUGAGAUGAAUACCUUUGACUUAAGCAUAAAUGAGAUGGAUACCUUUGACUUAAGCAUAAAUGAGAUGGAUAUCUUUGACUUAAGUAUAAAUGAGAUGGAUACUUUGGAGUUAAGUGUGAUUGAGAGGGAUACUGGGAGCUUAGUGUAAAUAAUGUGUGUACUGCUGGUGAACUUUGUUCAAGCCUGAAUUUAGCUAUCCUAGUAAUUUGAUGUAAGGGAUCAGGAAAUUACAUUUUUUUUUAAGAUCAUGAAAUGCUGGACCAUUUUUGGUGCCCACUUAGACCUCAGAUGCCCUCUUAGACCUCAGAUGCCCUCCUAGACCUCAAAUGCCCUCUUAGACCUCAGAUGCCAUUGUGCCGUCUACCGUGCCUGCUGCUUUUAGGUCCCACAUUUACCGACCAAUGAAACAGAAACAUCACUUUGCUUUAGAUGUUUCAUGCAUCACUCUAUUUUGUUUUCAAAAGUGCAAUGUGUUGAUCUCUAAUUUAUGUGGCACAGCUCCAAGACCUGUCUGUGUUGGAGGAGGUCCUGAGGAUGGUGCUUGAGAUCAUCAAUUCUUGCCUGAGCUCCUGCCUGCAGCACAACCCACACCUGAUCUACUCCCUGCUCUACCAAAGAAGUCUUUUCACAGCAUUCAGGGGCCAUCCAACGUUUCAAGAUAUCAUACAAAAUGUUGACACAGUAAGUUGGUGUAGAUGUUAAUAUUUCACAGUCAUGGGAUGAUUGAUGGGGCUGGCCCCAGCCAUCGUGGGAUGGUUGAUAGGGCUGGCCUUAGCAAUCAUGAGGUGAUAAAUGGUGUUGGCUCUAGAAAGAUUAAUAAGACACGAAAAAAUUGUGUCAAUAUAACAAUGAAAGUUACGCUUUUGUGCCGAAACGUUUACUUGUGUAUAUUGUAUAAUUUUUUUUAAAGCGUAACUUUUAUUGUUAUAUUGACACAAUUUGUUUGUGUCUUAUUCAUCUAUUUUAAAGCUUUUUUGCAGUCCAACACUUUUUAUAAUUAGAUAAUUUGGCUCUAGAAAUCUUGGGAUGAUUGAUGGGGCUGGUCCUAGCAAUCAUGGGUUGAUAAAAAUGUUCUUUGUCAAGUCCAUGACCAACAAACUCAAAGGUUAUUGUAUUUAAAGCAGUGGUUCUUAACCUUCCUAAUGCAGUGACCCUUUAAGUUAGUUCCUCAUGUUUUGGCAACCCCCCCUUUCACAAACGUAUUUUUAUUUUCUACCCCCCCCCCCCCCCCCCCCCCCCCCACCCAGGAUAAAAAGAACUCUGCAGUCUGUCAAAAGUCAUGCCCCUAAAUAUGAUAAAAAAUUCCAGGGGUAGAUGACCCACAGAUUGAGAACCACUGAUUUGAAAGAUAUUUUUUUAUCUAUGCACUGAAGAGGUCAUUAUAAUUAUGAUCUUGAAAAACAGACACCUUAUUUUGUUUUCCUUAUGGCAGACACAUCAGAUUUGAAAAUUGGCUCAGUAGUCAUACUGUGUGAGCCCAGUCCGACGACUGAUUAAUUGGCUUAACCUCAAGACUUUUUAAAAAAAAUGUUAUUUACCAUAGAUCUUUAGUUUUUCUUUUCUAAAUUAAUUGCGCUUUAAGUUAUAUUGAAACUUUGACAUCACCAUAAUAAUAUAGAAGCAUGCUUUAGAUUGGAAUUCUCCAUUGUAAUUAAUUCCUUAUGUAUGAAAGCAAUUGUGGUCUAAUAGUGGGUUCACUAAUCAGAAAAUUGUAUAAAGUGCGUUACUUGAAUGUAUGUUUUUAAAAGUAAUUUUAGUUGAUGGGAAGUUCACGCGUUGUCUCCCCCCCAUUGUCAAGUGGGCUGUAACUAGAUUGUAAAGGCAAUGAAAUUAAGGAACUGAAUCGUGCCACCUGCAUGGUUGCUGUGAGACUGCAGAGGAAAUACAAAACGGGAAUUAAAUCAAAGAUCACAUUCAAUUAUUAUUGCCUAAAACAAACUUCAAAUUAUUCAAAUGAAUUUCAAAUUUUUAAGUUUCCAAUUGAAAAGUUUAUUAAAUGACUAUAGAUUGUGACUGUGAUCGGUGUUGUCCUGGCAGGAGACCACUUGGUCAUGUGGAGAGAGCAAAAAGAGGAUCUCGGUCUCAUUUUUUUUUUUACCAAGGUCACUGACCCCUGUUUAGACCUUGAUAGAUUUGUUCAUGUCUGUUGUCCCAGGUGUUGGCCUACUUCUCAGCUAGACUUGAGCACCUCGGGGCCAACCCGUCCCCCAGCCAGGUCCUGCAGACAAUCAAAGAGGGGAGUAUGGCCUUCAAGAAAGAAAAACUCAAGGUGAGUUUUGAGCAAUUGAAUUUAACCUAACAAAGAGAUCCAUGAGAGUUGAAACACUGUAAAGUAAGUUAAACUGCUGUGUUAAGUAAGACAGCCAGUUCAACUACAUCAGUCAUAUGACAAUGCCUUCAUACAUCUACAUCAGACAUAUGACAAUGCCUUCAUACAACUACAUCAGACGUAUGUCAAUGCCCUAUAUUUUUUUUCUUCUUCAACUUGUCCAGAAAUUCCCAGAGCUGAAGUUCAAGUAUGUCGAGGAAGAAAGCCCAGAAGAGUUUUUCAUCCCUUACGUCUGGUCCCUGGUGUACCACUCAUCACGUCUGUACUUUAACGCCAGCAGGAUUCUCCUCUUCUCUCUCAAUUCAGACAGUGAGGUCAAGCACGUCUGAAUCUAAGCUUUCCAAUUUUUUUUCUUUCUGUUAACUGCUUUAGACAGACGAUAUGUCUUGAACACGUCAAGAGUCUAUGAAUCAGAUGACCAUGUCCUGAACAAGUCAAGAGUCUGACAAUCAGAUGACCAUGUCCUGAACAAGUCAAGAGUCUGUGAAUUCAUUAGUGUAAAUCAUGCUUGUAUAUAAGAGAUUUUUUUUAAAAUAAAUUUUGCUGAUACAUUGUAACAGAUGGCAUAUCUGCUAUUGUACUAUUUAUAUCAAUGUUAUUAUAAUCUCACCAUGUUUCAACUGUAUGAAUCCUGUAUUGCAGUUGAGUUAUGUUCAAUGUAAUCCCACUACAAUUUUAUUUUCUGUACAGUGUAGAAGAAGGAAAAAAAUGUGACCUUAUGAACUUUGAGUAAAAUUGUGGGGGUUGGAACCCACUGCCCGCACUGGUCGUGUUUUCAGAAAUAGAACUACAGCUGGCUCAAUCAUGAAUUGAAUUAAUUUUUUUGCCUUUAAUUUCUAAUCUAUAGGCCCACAUCUUCGCUCACUUGCGGCCAUGCGUCCAACCUGACAGAAAGAGGAGGUACUUCUACCUCAGAUAAAUCGUGCAUUGUAUUGGUAUUUACAAUAGUCGGUUAACCCGAAACUGAACCUGAAUUAUCUUCUCUGAUGAGCAUUCCAUUUUAAAAUGCCAUUCAAAAACCCAUGAUUGUUUAUGUAAUGAAAAGUAUUACAUUAACUUGUUCUACCGAAAUUUGAAAUAAAAUUGUUUGCCAUUGUGGAUGCACAUCAGCAGCUGCAUGCAGGGAAAUUCAAUGUUUAGAAUUAUCCUAUCGAAAUAAAGGGGAAAAAGGGGGGAGAUGGUGGCUGUUGCACCACGCCACAAGUAGGGUAACCUAAUUUAAAAUGACCACCUUGAUGGAUUGGUGAAUUGCCUCGAGUGUAAGAAAUGAAAUGUGACGUUAUGUACAAUGAUGGGAUGUGAAGAUGUCCAUGAGGUUGACAGGCUGUGAUGUCAUAGUUUCAGAUAUCCAUGAUGAUGACAGGCUGUGACAUUAAAGAUCCAGAUAUGCAUGAGGAUGACAGGAUGUGGCAUCAUAGAUCCAGAUAUCCAUGAUGAUGACAGGCUGUGACGUCAUAGAUCAGAUAUCCAUAGGAUGGUAGGCCGUGACAUCAUAGAUUCAGCUAUCCAUGAUGAUGACAGGCUGUGACGUCAUAGAUCAGAUAUCCAUAGGAUGGCAGGCCGUGACAUCAUAGAUUCAGCUAUCCAUGAUGAUGACAGGCUGUGACGUCAUAGAUUCAGCUAUCCACGAUGAUGACAGGCUGUGACGUCAUAGAUUCAGCUAUCCAUGAUGAUGACAGGCUGUGACGUCAUAGAUUCAGCUAUCCACGAUGAUAACAGGCUGUGACGUCAUAGAUUCAGCUAUCCGUGAUGAUGACAGGCUGUGACAUCAUUCAUUAAAUGGUUUAUCGGCCGGCAUUGUUGUAGUGCACAAAGUAGAAAAUUUUUUUUUUUUUAAAUCUCUAGAUUCUUCAAUUCUACCAUUUCACUAUGUAAGCUGCCACUAGCUUCACAGAGCAGUGGUUGUUAGAUAAUUAUUUAAAGACGUACUCACAAUCACUCUGUGAUUCUUUUGUAACAAACAGAUGGAUUUGAUUUUGAUUCAAAUCAUUCAGUGACGCUUCUUGUAAUGAACUGUAUUAUAUAUAACUUUGGGGACAAUUAAAAAAAAACAUGGAUUGACAUGUC